UUUUUUUUUUCAGGCCAAUUGUUUUAGCUCAUUAAUGAACAAAAAAAUUGUGUGUGAAAAUCUUGCUCUGCUUUGUUUGCUUGUGAUCAUGUGAAACGGUGUUCUGUAGUUACUUUGCUCAAUUUGAACCUACAACACACACACACACACACAGAGAGUCUGUGUGUUAUACUAGAUGCUAUGGAUGAGUAUGAGAGCUUGUUUAUGCCCUUUUACAGGGUGAUAUAUGUGUGUGUGUAUUUGGAGGCAUUUUGUGAUGUUGAGUGCUACAACAACAGAAACUAGACAUUCUAGCAUUAGGGAGUUUCAUUGCUGAUUAAAUUAGUCUUGGAAAUGGGAGGUUGCUGUUGUUCCUCCAGAAAGCCGCAGUUUCAUGGAACACCGGUCUAUUAUUAUUACCCCCCUGACUCAGAAGAGCACGAGUCUUUGACAUCUCAUGAUGGUGUUGCUACCGUGCUCUCUUCUGGAUUGUUGAUUGAUCUGGAUUUGAAUAUGGCCAUCCCUGAUACUUUUCGACCCCCUCCCGCCCCUAUCCCGUAUGAUGUGGUCUUGGGGCGGCCUCAAUCAACAGAUGUUGAGUCUGGUGAAGCUACUAUUGCCUGCAUGGAUCUCAAAGACUGCAAGAACCAACGGACCUACCUCCCACUCUCUCCUACGAAGGUCGGGGUCGAGCUUCUGAAGUCGGAGAUGUUUAGUGUCUGUGCAAAAGACGAAGAGGAUUCUUGCCCUACUUGUCUUGAAGAGUAUGAUACCGAGAAUCCCAAAAUCAUAACCAAGUGCAACCAUCACUUUCACCUCUCUUGCAUACUUGAGUGGAUGGAAAGAAGUGACACUUGCCCUAUCUGUGAUCAGGUUUGCUCGAUUUUUGUUGUGAUUCGCCUUUUUCGUAACAGUAGUUGUUGAUAUCACUUUAUCAUGAUUCAUGUCAAUAAACAAGCUUGCAAUCAAACCUAAUGGAGGGCAAGAAAUGAUCUGAUCAGAUUCCCACAUUCCUUUCUUCUGUGUGUGUGUGUGUAUGAUCUAGUACCAAUGCUUGGACUCUAUGAAUGCAGGAAAUGAUAUACAAACCCCUCUAAGAGUCACAAGUUGCACUUUCUUGAAGAUGCAUGUAAGACUUGCUCGUUCACUCCACCAACUAGACCAUAGCCAAAAUAUCAAAAAUGCGUCAUCUUGAUUGCCCACUCCACCGAGAAGGAACGUGGCGACUCUUUCUUUUGUCGAGGGAGUCCGUUAAGAGCUUCGGAUUCCAUGAUGCUCGAUUGUGGCUGGAGCGUUUGAUGCCGGGAGUGGCGAGUUUGUGACACAGGUUUUCUAUAGACUCUUGAUACUAUGAAUUUGUAGAGAUUUGAUGUAUUAUAAUGUACAAAAAUAUGGCCCUUGUUUCUUGCUACUCUAAUUCAACUGUGUACAGGUUUCCCCUUUUUGUUUUUGUAAGUUGAUGAAAUUCUUGCAAGAAUUUCUUUAUUAUACUCAUUUAAGUUA